AAAAAAAAAUGAAAGAAAGAAAAACAGGAAAAUCAUCCAAAUUUCCCGGUUUCUUGCAGUGAGGAGUAUGUGUAGAUCCAGCAAGCCUUCCAGGAGGAAGAGGAACCCCAGAAGUGUCUGCUUUUUGAGGAUCCAACUCCAUAUUCUUUGAAAACGUAAGACAGCAGGGCUUCUUUUAAGCUAUGAGUGCAGAUUUAAAGAAAUCCUCUUCCAAUGGCUUUGAAAAGUCUUUAAUCUCAGAAGAAAAGCAGGGCAAGAUUAGUGAGGUGAAAAGGUUGAUAGGACCAUCGCCUGAGAAGUUGGCUAUUUUUUGUAAUGAUGCAUGCAUUGCAAGAUAUUUAAGGGCACGCAACUGGAAUGUCAAGAAGGCAACAAAGAUGCUGAAAGCAUCCUUAAAGUGGAGAGCAGUAUACAAACCAGAAGAGAUCCGCUGGGAAGAGGUUGCUCAUGAAGCAGAGACUGGCAAGAUCUACAGAACAAAUUAUAUUGACAAGCAUGGAAGGGUGGUUCUUGUCCUGAGACCUGGUUGUCAGAACUCCAAGUCAACAAAAGGACAAAUUCAACAUUUGGUUUAUUGCAUGGAGAAUGCAAUUUUGAAUCUGCCAGCAGAUCAGGAACAGAUGGUCUGGUUGAUUGAUUACAGUGGUUAUAAUCUGUCAAAUAUAUCAGUGAAGGUGACACAAGAAACAGCUCACAUUUUACAGGAUCAGUAUCCAGAACGUCUAGGUUUGGCAAUACUGUACAACCCACCCAAGUUCUUUGAACCCUUUUGGAAGCUGGUCAAACCAUUUUUGGAGCCCAAGACUCGUGACAAAGUGAAAUUUGUUUACUCUGAUGAUCCUAUUACCAAGAAAACCAUGGAGGAUCUAUUUGACAUGGAUCUUUUGGAGUCUGCUUUUGGAGGAAAUAGUAAUUCAGGUUUCAACAUUGCUAAAUAUGCAGAAAGGAUGAAGGAGGACGACAAAAAGAUGGUCUCAUUUUGGACAAGAGGAAACUCUCAACCAGCAGCCCCAGAACCCACACUAGAAUGUGCUCCUGCGAUGGAUUCUAUCAACUUGAACUCUGAUUCUGAUUCAUCUGACAAUGAGAAGACAGACAGUUCACCUGGUAACGAGGUUGACUCAGAAGUUGUUUCAACCAAUCAUAAUGUCCUGGUUACUGAUUAUAACGACAAUGGCACUAAGGAAGCACAUUAGAGCAAAGUAACAGCCAAGCUGGAGCCUGUCAUAGUUAUGGUAAUCUGUCUGAAUGUAGUUGCCUUGCUGACCAUCUGGCCUUUUUAGUUGGAGAUUGAUUUUGAAUUGCUGUCACGUUGUACAAUAAGCAAUCUAGAUGCACAACGGUGCCUCAUUGUUGUGGAGUAGACCCCAUGUACCAUUUUUUCUUUGAAACUGAAUGGAGUUAUGGAUGGCAUCAUAUGUUGUAUUUCUUUUAAACUAUGAACGUCUUGGAUAAAAUUUGCCCCCUUUG